UCUGCCUCCAAUCUGUUGAGGUCCGAAAAAGCGCCCAAAACAAGCCCACUAUUUCAGCCUAACACCGCAACACACACAGCGAAUUCUGCCGAACGAAGCAAAACAAGGUGCUUUAUUGUCAUCGGUCAGAGAGACUCAGAUGCAAGAGGACACUCCGGAGAUUGGAAGCGGCGGGUCACAUACCCACUUGUGGUGGGCCGGGGCCAGCGCGGCUCAGCUGGGUUGGGCCGUUAUGUCGUCCCGGAAAGGCUGCGCCGGCAACUCCUUUACGAUGCCUUUCAAGGCCUUCGCCGUUGCUUCCCUCUACGUUGGCUCCAUCGCCACCGCCGGCGUCGCUGGCCUCCAUGCCUCUGGCAUCAGCGAGGUGGAGGAUCUAGUAGAGCUGGGUGAAAACAUAAGGACUGGACUUGGGGUACCUCGGAGGAGGUCGAGGGAGGAAUAACCUUUUAUUUUAAGGUUGCUAUAGUUUUAGGAUUCGAAAUGCAGUUUUUAUCGUAUAAAACCCACACCUGGGUUGGAUUUGCAUCAUUGUUCAUUUUUACUUGACUUGAUUACUCAUUGAGAAGUAUUUAUCGUCCCAUGAGUCCAUCACUUUCACUUCUCUA